GUCUCCAUGGCAACUGCAGCCUCGGUCUCGCUGCUCCGGCCCCUCCCCCGCCCCCCUGGCUGCGAAGCGUCUGGAACCGCAUCCUCCGCAUCCACAUCCGCAUCCUCAUCCUCGGCCGCCUCCUGCAGCAGCUGCCCGUUGGAGCCGCCUGACGAGGACCGCCACUCACCAUGGUGAAGCUGGGCUGCAGCUUCUCUGGGAAGCCAGGCAAAGACCCCGGGGACCAGGAUGGGGCCGGCACGGACAGUGUGCCUCUGAUCAGCCCCCUGGAUGUCAGCCAGCUGCAGCCACCAUUCCCUGACCAGGUGGUCAUCAAGACGCAGACGGAAUACCAGCUGUCCUCCCCAGACCAGCUGAAGAAGUUCCCUGACCUGGAAGGCCAGAAGGGGAAUGGCAGCCAGCCAGAGGAGGGGCGCAAGCUGCCCACAGCGCGGAUGAUUGCCUUCGCCAUGGCACUCCUGGGCUGUGUCCUGAUAAUGUACAAGGCCAUCUGGUACGACCAGUACACCUGCCCGGACGGCUUCCUGCUUCGGGCCCCGCGCCCUGACCUGACCCUCUCGCAGCACAAGAUAUGCACGCCGCUGACCCUGGAGAUGUACUAUACCGAGAUGGACCCCGAGCGCCACCGCAGCAUCCUGGCGGCCAUCGGGGCCUACCCGAUCAGCCGCAAGCACGGCACGCAGAUGCCCGCGGCCUUGGCGGGCAACUCCCGCGCCGCCAAGGAAGAGCACAGCGGGCCCACCCAGGCGGCGGCGGCGGCCACCCACCCGCCCGGGAGGCCCUCGGCCCCGGGGGAGGAGGAGGAGCGGAAGACGGCCGGGAGCGCGCCGCCCCCGCCCCCCCAGUGACGCCUCGGCCCGCAGCCCGGCCAGGCGAUCUCCCGCGGCUCCUGUGUGACCAGCGCGUGGCCGGAUGCUCCCGCACCCCGUGUUUGUGCCCCCGCCCCAGGCACCCUCGCUGAAGCCCCCGCCCCCGGUGGGCCUCUGGCUCCCUCGCUUUUCUCUGAGUAAAGAUUCACAUCCACCUGAGUCUUCCAUUUCUC